AGACACCUUCUCGUGUCUAAACCCCCUCCUCUUCCUCCUUCUCCACAACCCUGGAGUGUCCCCUCCAUCUGCGACUCCUCUCAGCCUGUCCACUCUUUCUCUGGACUCCUGAAGACGCUGGGAGCCUUCAGCCAGCUGCAAUGAAGACCGCUCUCGCCCUCCUGCUGUUCAUCUCUCUGGCCUGUCACAGUGUUCUCUCCUGUUCUGUCUGCAAAGGCCACGGCCUCAAAUGUCACACGUGCGUGGCGUCCAAUGACGACGAUUGCAACCGACAGGGCUCCACCCCCUGCCCUCAGUACGCUGACGCCUGCUCCACCAUCACAGGACCCAACACUGUGAUGAAGUCGUGCACUUACAAGGCUUUCUGCGAAAAGGCUCAAGGCGGCAACUCUGGAGCCAAGGUGGCGUGCUGCUUCGGUGACGACUGCAACGGGCCCCACAGGAGCCACAGCCACGGGGACCACAACGGUGCAGGGGCUCUGGCCUCCAGCCCCGUGCUGCUGAUCACAGGCUUAUUGCUGCGUGUGGCACUGAGUCAGUUCUGAACUCAUACCCCCCUUCUUUUCUUUUCCUUAUCUGUGGUGUUGUCAUGUCACCCGUCCAAAAAGAAAGAAAGGAUUCCAGCUGCAGAGAGUUUCUUGCAAUUUUGAGAUGUGUUUUAUAUUGAGUGUUUCUGACGGCUGGGUUGCGUGUCCUGUAAAUACGAGCUGCAAUGUCAGCAGCUUCCAUUGUCUGAUUUUAUUUUUUAGAUUAUCAUUAAAAACUUGAAUAGUAUAUCUUUAUUAUCUCAUCUGGCAUGUUCACUCUCAGGCAGUGUGAACCUGAGAGUGUUUGUGGUGAAUAUGUGUCUACAAAGUGAGGAACAUCUUCUUUACAGCUCCGGCCCCUCUGGUGACUACUUAGUUGUGGUUUUGGUAGGUGCACAGCUCGCUUGACACCAUAGAACCGCAUGAUUCACUUAUGUCGUUGCCGUGGUAACAAGAGAAUUUAAUCACCACAAAUCUUUGUAAAAUGUAUAUGUUCGUGCAUGCAAGCUUGUCUGAAUAAAGAUACAAUCUCACCUUUA